GCGAGAUUUGAACAGCUGUUUGUACUGUUUUUACAGACAGAUUGGUUAACACGUGGGGAGAUCAGGAACGCGAUUGAAAACAUUCUAACAACAUUGUUCCCAUCGUACCAUCAUUGAGGACCUUAUAAUUCUGUGAGUUUGGUGUCUUGAGAAAUGCCAGUGCGGUUUCGCUCUGUCGUUCCCUACACAAUGCCUGGAGUACUUGUACUUAUUGGCUGGUGGUGGUACACCUCAAGGAAGAAAGCACAUCUCAACAGCCAAAAAAGCACAGAGGUCUCUCCAACUCCCGUGAGUUGUAAAGACUCUCAUUUAGAGGGCAGCAACAGUUUGCUGUAUGAAGAAGAAUCCCCUGUUGUCCCAAAUCUCAAUAACCAGAAUACAGUGAAUGAAAUUAUUUCCCCAACCCGACUCCAAGACACUGAAGCAAUAUCUUUACUGAAACAAAAAUGUGAUUAUGUUCCUUUCUGUGGCAGAAUAGUGCUUGAGGAAGUUGAUACACUGUCAAAUUUAAUUUUGCCAACAUUUGGUAAUAAGGAUUUGGCAGAGGAAUCAAUGAAACCCUUUAUUGACCCUGAGACUAACUCGACUCCUGCUUUUAUCGGGAAGCUAGAGAAAUGCCCAGCCAAAGAGUUAGACCUUCUUCCUGAAGACUCGGUACCAGAAGUUGCUUUGCCGUCCAAUGCCUCCAAAGAUACCAGAUCCUCCACCAUUGCAAUACAUCUUUCUAAUGCAGAGAGGCCAGAGCCAGAGGGUGAAGUCGCAACACAUAACUCUGUAAAUUCACAAGAGGAGAUUAUCUGUAUAUUCACAUCUGCCAAAACACACAGGGCGAUGACAUCAGAUGAAGACUCUCUGGAAAAUCCCCUGCCAGUACACAAACACAUUCUCACCAGCACACCUACCAUCCUUUCCUCCAAAGCCCAGGGUACCACCACCUCAUUAGUUACCUCGGUGGACAUGCAUUUUAAAAGAAACACUCAAGAAUUGAAUGAUCUGGAGCUACUGGCAGCUGGACUUAUAACUGAGGUCCUCUCCGCAGCUGCCCAGGAAGUGCUUGGUGUCACUAGCUGUGAGGUCAGAUCAAACAAUGAACCUAAUAAUAGGAGUUUUGCUCUGGCCAGUGGCACUCGAUGCUCACCUGAUUCAACAAGAUCCUCCCUUGAUGAUAGUCUAUCACAGGGAGACCAUGCAAAUACAAAGGCAGGAGAGAAAGUCGAAGGAGUGCCAAAAGAUGCCUCACUGCCUCCAGAAUGGGCAAAUGUUGAAACCAGGAUUCAGAAAAUUAACAUUGUGCAGAAUGAGGCCUGGCAAACACCAUCAUACCUAGGAAAUCCAGUGCUAUUUACUAAAUGUAGAGGUGAUGAAGCAGCAACGCUGGCUGAAGACUCGGCCUGUAGCACCUGCCACUCUGAGGAAGGCAUCAGUUGUGAGGACCUACAGAUCUGCAUGCUGGAUAAUCCGGCAGAUGUUUUCAAGGUUACAGACUUGUCAGCAAAGGAAGCCAAACAUCCUCAAUCUGUAGUUGGAACCAUCACAAAGGAAAGUGAAAAAAACUCUGAUGCUGUAUGUGAUAUAAAGAAAGUUAAUGGGGAUGGCCUGAGGAAUGAAGCUCAUGGGACAUGCGAGGUGGAUACAGAUCAGUCUGGAGGUUCUGAUGUUAACAGUAUGGACUCUAUGGACAGUGGCUGCACUAUGGGUGUUUGUGAGAACCAGGGUAACAGCGCUGCCUCAUCUACCUCAGAGCUCAUCAUCUGGGAGAUUGAGGUCCCAAAGCAUCUUGUAGGGCGACUGAUUGGAAAGCAAGGGAGAUAUGUAAGUUUCCUGAAGCAGAACUCCGGUGCAAAAAUAUACAUCUCCACUUUGCCGUAUACACAGGAGUUCCAAAUCUGCCACAUAGAAGGUUUGCAGCAGCAGGUUGAAAUGGCUCUAUCAUUUAUUGGCAAGAAAUUUAAAGACCUGGACUUAACAAAUCUAUAUGCACCUCCACUCACAUUGCCAUCACUUCCCAUAACCUCCUGGCUCCUUCUGCCUAGCGGUGUGACAGUUGAAGUGAUUGUGGUAAACAUUGUGUCAGCUGGUCACAUCUUUGUCCAGCAGCACACCCAUCCCACCUACCAUGCUUUAAGAAGUCUUGAUCAGCAGAUGUUCCUUUGCUAUUCCCAGCCGGGUACUCCAGCACUGCCUUCACCUGCUGAAGUUGGUGUCAUCUGUGCAGCUCCAGCAAUGGAUGGUGCAUGGUGGAGAGCUCAAGUCAUUACUUUCUAUAAAGAAACUGAGGAGGUGGAGAUUAGAUAUGUCGAUUACGGGGGCUACGACAAAAUGAAGAUUAAUUCACUACGGCAAAUCAGAUCGGAUUUUGUAACACUACCCUUUCAAGGUGCAGAAGUACUUCUUGACAGCAUUGCCCCACUACCAGGGGAGGAUUGUUUCUCAACGGAUGCUACAACGGUAUUGGAAGAAAUGACCAGAGGUGUUGCCUUGCUAGCACAGGUCUCAAACUAUGAUAACAACACAGGCCUCCCUCUUGUCCACCUAUGGAACUUGGUUGGAGAUGAGGUCAUUUCAGUGAGCCGCACUCUUGCAGAGAGAGGCCUGGCUGUUUGGGUGGAUGGAUUUUGAAUUCUCCAUUACCCUAGCAGUUAAGAAACCUGCCUACAAAGAAGUGAAGGAAAGUGAAUUUCCUUGUGGACAGCAAUAUCUCACCCAGCUCAUCCUGGGAAUUCAAACUCCAACAGGCACACAACUGAGAAAGUUUUUUUGUUUUUGUUUCUUUUUUCCCCUCUGUCAAAUCUGCUCUUCCAGUUUUCAGUUGAACAGAAACCAGAGAGACUUUAUUCUCAGGCAUAGUUAACAGGGAAUCUUGUAUUCAGAUGGCUCAAUCUUGAAUUCUUGAUGAAUUUCUGUUAUUGUCCAGAAAAUACAGAACAAAUGUACAUGUACUUUUAAAAAAAAAUGUAUUGUAACAAUAAAGGCUCAAUAAUGAUA